AUGGUGCAAAAUGUGACCGAGAGUCAAUAUGUUCGAGAAUUCGCGGUGUUGGGAUUAAAGUCUGUAGAUGGAUCUAAGAAUAAAUUUAAAGCUCAAGAUGGCGACGAAUUUCUAGUGGAUUUUCCAGACAUAGUAGCUGUGUUACCGGAUCCUGUCGUGGAAAAUGCAGACGGGCUUAUCACCUAUCGUUUUGAAAAUAUGAUAGAUAUAUUCGAAAUCAUUAACUCUCGAACGGCCGUAGAAUCUUUGAUAUCCGGAAAAGAAAGGAAGAAAUUACAUCUAUACGGGCAAAAAAAUGGCAUUUGCUUUCCAAUCCAUCCGUAUUGUGUGUCAAGGCAGUCCAUAGAGGCUUUGGCCAAAUUUCAAAUAAAAUUUUACAGCGAUUUUGGGUUCUUUAGGUUGGUAGAAUUUUCAGACUGCAAUGGAGAAAGGAAAUUUAAAAUUUGA